AUGAAAGUCUCUCGACGAAAUUAUUGGAUGAAACUUGGAAUGAUUUGUUGCAUUAUUUCAAUAAUGAUAUUUGUUAUGAUCAUCGUUGCGAUAGUUCACCGAUAUAGUCAACUUCUUAAAGUAUCUCCAUUAACAUCUAAAGCAUUUUGGGAAGAUAAUCGAACAUUGUCAAGAAGUGAACUACUUCCUUCACCAAUAAUAACAAUUGAUAAAGUUAAUUUAACAAAUUUGACAUUAGUUAUAACAGCGUGCUGUCGAAAUGUUGAAAAAUAUCUAAUUCCUUUUCAAAAUAAUAUUCGUGCUAUUGGAAAUUUAUUUGGAAAUUAUAAAAUUUAUUUAGGUGAAUCAGAUUCUCAAGAUGGCACUUUGAAAGUUCUUCGGCAAUGGGCAAAAAAUGAUUCAAAUCAUGUUUCUGUUUUUUCUACUAAAAAAUCACGUUGGAAACUAUAUUUACGUAAGUUAUUCACAAUUGUGAACUUAAUCAAAAAUUUUAUUUUUAUGAGUGUUCUUGAGUCCAUUAGUUUAUUUGAUAUAUAUUUUUCAAUCUGGACAGCUUAGAAAAACUCGAAUUGUAUAAAACCAACUAGAUAAAAGUAUCACAAAAUGACGAAUUUGUGUUCUUCGUAUUUAUAUGAGAGAGUUGAUUCAACGAUCAACCGAUAGCGUUCUUUCAACAUAAUGUUGAUGAGUAUACUGAUAAAGUUUUCGUAGUAAUGACUUUCAUCGUCUCAACCGCAUUUCAUAGUUGAGUAAACUUCAAAUACCAUCUAGUUUUAUUUCUU